AUGGACAUAAUGACUGUGCAUACGUCAUCGACAGUGCCUCAUAUUGAGCAGGCAGCUAGUGCUGCUUGCACCAUGGCCACCAAAAUAUUAGCACCGGUUAAGACUGAACGACAGAUUUAUGAGAAUUCAAUGCUGGAGGAUGAUCCCAACGCCAAUUCUGUGGUGGGGAACGGUAAAGACGGCGACAGGAACACCCCGAGGUGGGGGCCGAAUCACAGAGGAGCACAGGAGCUCGCUAAUUUGUACAGCACAGGAAAGAGGACCCAGGAGUGUAUUUGCGUUGGAAUUUUUAUAACGCUAAUGGCUGUUAAUUCAUUCUUUAUCGUAAUUCGCCUGAGACUCGAGAGCCUGAGCUCAAUACUGAUAGCAGCACUUUGUGGUAUUGUUACCGCUGAUUUUAUAUCGGGACUCGUUCACUGGGCUGCCGACACAUGGGGCUCCAUCGAGCUGCCGAUACUCGGUAAAAAUUUCUUGAGGCCUUUUCGUGAACAUCAUAUUGAUCCCACGAGCAUCACGAGACACGAUUUCAUUGAGACUAAUGGCGACAACUUUAUGGUUACCAUACCAGCAUUGUCCAAAUUAACGUGGGAUUUUCUCACUCUGCCUGAGAGCGAUAUUGAGAGGAGAUUUCUGUGGAUUUGCUAUUGGUGGCAAUUAGCGAUAUUUGUUGCACUGACCAAUCAGAUACACAAAUGGUCUCACACAUAUUUCGGUCUACCAGGCUGGGUAGUAUGGCUCCAGGAGCAUCGCAUAAUUCUACCAAGACGUCACCACCGUGUCCACCACGUUGCCCCCCACGAAACGUAUUUUUGCAUAACAACGGGCUGGUUAAACUGGCCCCUUGAAAAAUUACGGUUCUGGUACGUUUUAGAAACGAUAAUUGAAUUGACAACAGGUUACAAACCACGAGUCGAUGACUUCAAAUGGGCCCAAAAGAGAUCUUGAAACUUAAUGAAAAAGCCCAUUUAUUUAUUUUUUAUGAUAACGUCAAUUCGAUAGGGCGGGUUCCCUUUAUACAGCUGAAUGAAUAAUUCAAUGACUGCGAUCAUUUACUCUCGCAAUUUGCUAAUGGAAUUAUGGAGAUUUUAGUCACAAAUUAAUUAAACGAAUGUGCACAGAGUCGUUAUAUUUAUUCUCGAUUGACGAGGAACACAAUGGGCCUUAGCAAUUUUUUAUACUGAAGAGAAUUUGCUGAACUAAACGCUUUCGAUAAUAAAUUAUUAAUAAAUCAUGUGGAAUUAAAAUUUUGGGGGAAAAUUUGUUGUUUCGACGAUAAAUUUGGCUGGAGUUCUGUUAGUAUUUUCCAAUUGAUGUUUUUUGGGCGAGAAAAGUCCAUCGAUAUUGAAUUGUUUUACAGAUUAUUCUGUUUAAUUUUAUUUAGUUUGGCGUGAAUAAUUAAUUCUUAAAAAUUUAAAAACUUUUUCUUGACUUUUUCAUGAAAAAUCCAUUAAAAAAUUAUGGGAUUCAAGUAUCAAUUUUUAACAGAAUAGUCAACAGAAAGGGUGGACAUUUUCAUUUAUUUAUUUAAAUGCAACGAAAUUUUAAGAACUUUGGUAGAUUUUUUACCGUAAACCUCAAAUUUUUCAACUGAAUUUUUUCUCACGUGAUACACAAGAGUUUAUAUAGCACAAAAGAACACAAAUAAUGUCAAAAUGUACCACAAUAACUCUUUGCCACAAAUGUCGCACAAUAAGUCUAAAGCCUAAUAAUUAUUUUUCAAUCACAAAUAUUAUAGAUAAUAAUAAUUCAAGUGGGUCAUUAACAAUGAAAAUCAAACGAGUAACGUUGGAAUUUUCCCUGAACCUUCUGGACACAUGGGUAACUAACAAUAGCUGCAAAUGAAACCGGAACAACUACUGAUAAUUUACCAAAGAAUUAAUUAACAAAGAGAAAUAAAGCAAAAAUCAAAUGGAUAACAACGAAAUUCUCCCUGAACCUUCGAUGACAUUCGGAUUACUAACAAUUUAUACGACUAAUGACAAAUUAAUAUUUUUAUUUUUAUUAGAAAAAAUUGUAACAAUUGUUUUCGCCCAAGAGUUGAACAAAACUAUUGUGUAAAAUUUCUUUUUCGAUGAUCUUUCGAUGUGAUAUUCACGUGAGUGCAUUGCGUUGUUCAGAUUGAUGAUUAUCUGAGUAUUAAUUGUACAAUUCUCAGGUUCAGGGACCAAUGGAUGAGCCUAUUGCACGUUAUUGCGAUCGAUCAAUGAAGCUUUUGUUAUUGAUUCGUUGGAAAAAUGCUUAAAUUGAUCGCUUACGUGAUGCAAUAAUUUUUUAGCCGUUUGUUUACAUAUGAAGAUGAUUUAUUUAUUGAUAAGAAAAUUCUUAUGAAAAUUGUAGAUAAAUCUGGCCUAUGAUUUUGUCGAGAAAUUUUGCUGAAUUUUCUGUGGAAUUUUGGUGAUUUACUGUCGAUUUUUCAUUGCAAAUUCUGUGGCCUUGAAAUUUUGUGGGGAAAACAUUUUGCAAAUUGAAUGAAAGCAGAAGAUAAACAUUAUUUUGAAGAUUUUUAAUGGAAUAUAGUUUUAAUAGGACAAUUCCAACUGAAAUAAAAUGAGGAAGUCGACAGUGUUGAAGGAAAAUCAGUGGAAUUUUCCGGCGAAUGGCCUAGAUUUUCUAUUCAAAUUUUCCUAAGUGAAAUAAACAAGUGACACGCGCCGUCCUAUUGAAACAUACCUCAAUCGCUUCAAAUCGAUAUUCACGUAAUUCGCUCGAUAAACGUUUUUUCUCGAUCAGUUGAAGACGUAAUUUAUUGGCUGCCGUAGGUCGCUCUGGUAAUUGAUUAAUUUCAUGGACUUGCCCGUAGUGUGAUAUUCUAUUUUGAUAUAAAAAUGGUGGAUCUGAGAACUUUUAAUCUGAAAAAAUUACAUAAGACCAGUCUGUCAUGUCUGGGAGCCUUAUCUCGAUUCUCCACCUGAGAAAAAUCAUUUUGCAAUUGGAGAAUUCGCUGGACAAUUCUAUAAAUGGCACACCAAAUUCACAUAAUGACACAUAAAAUUCAAUAAAGAAAAGUUGGUAAUUUUUCGUAACGAAUGAACUAUUUUACGAAACAAAAAACGGAAACAAUUCAUCAGCUCCGUAAAAACUCUCACAUGCUCGAGAGAUUUUUAUUUUCUGGUCACAAAACAUUUUCUUAAUUUUUUAUGGCGAAUUACGGAAAUUAUUUCGUAAUUUUUACUCUGUGGAUUUUCCAUCGAAUUCUCUAUCAAUUAAUUAUGUAAUAUCAAUUCCGUGGGGUGAAUUUCCCGGUCGUAUUUCACCCUUUCCAGGGGUAGGGAAAAUAUAAAGUGAAAAACAAGUGAAAAUUUAAUGUCAGAGAAUUCAUACGGAGAACGACAAGAUAAUUUACUUCACAAAAAUCUUCAUAACCGCAGUCCACGUACCCCACAACGUAUGUCAGUAGUAAUUACCGACUGUGAUCAGCCAACGGAUUAUAGUACCACUUUUGAAUAAGUAUUAUCGUUAUUGAUGGCGUUAUUGUUGUUAUUGAAUAUACAGAAAAUAAAUUGAGGGAAAUAUUUUUUUUCAAAAGUGAGUAAUAUUUAAAAAGAAGCAGUAUAUGUAUAUAUUAAAGUGAUCGUUGAUACAACAUUAGUCUAAAAUUUCUAGUCAGGGGACAUUGAAAGUGCUGGAGACAGAGGGCAUUAUGGAUUUGUAAAAUUUAUUGUGAAUGAACACACGAUAACGAUAAAACCGUGGCAUUUGUUGGAUUCAACUGAUAUUUAAAAAUCAUCGCAAAACAUAUUUUUUUACAAAUUGUAACAAAUUAUUUUUGGCUUUUGCCACGAUUAUUUGUUAGACAGAAAUGUUGCUUCAUGCAAUUCCAAAUUUUUUGAUACAAAUAUGAGUGAUAACAUUUUUAACAUCUGCCAUUAUGUACGAACUGCGACAAUUUUUGUCAAGACUUAAGAUAUACGCUUUUAGAAUUCUUCGAACGGAUAACAAAUGACGAAUAUUUGAAUAAUGAAUUACAUUAGCCGCUUUAUUGUUAUUCUCUAUUGAAAAUUUUAUUCAAAUUCCAUGAGCUGAAAGAGCUAAUGCGAUAAUCUACAACAUUUUGAAAUUUUCAUCCACAAUUUUUUAAAAUAUUUCACACAUUAAGUAAAUGGAUUUUUAUUUUACUAUGAAAUCAAUUGUGUCGAGAAUUUUUUAAGAAUAAAAAUAAGUUUUGGACGUCAGUUAUCGCUAAAUGCACUGAAUUUUUGUAUUAAAUUCUUUCGUAUUGAAAUGAAAAAAAAUAGUGAAAAGAAAUCUAAAAAUCUAUUGAAUGAAGUUGAAUAAAUUUAUGGAGAAUAAAAAUUCUCAAAUCAGUAGCAAAGGGGUAAAUUGAGGUACCUUGACUGAUCGUUGAGCCGAGUUUUUGAGGAAUAUCUCCGAAUCUAAGAGAGAUAGAGAAAUUUUUGUCAUGACAUUUGUUGUCCUACUUAUUUCGCUCUACGAAAAAGGUUCUAAUGAAAAUUCUGCUAUCGCUCCUGGAUUCCGAGAUAUUCAUCAAAAACUGGUCACUAGUCAAAAGUGACUCAUCUCGUUUUACCACUUCUCUAGAGAAGUGUAAUUUAAGUUAAAAUAGAAAAAACACAAACUCUGAUAUUCGACUAACAACGAAACAGUUUCUAACCAUCGAGCGUCUUUGUAAAGCAGUAUAAUAAAUAAAUAAAUAAAUAGUCUAUUCGCAUAUGCGUGUUAAUAAGUGAAAUAAGCAGUGUUAGUGCAGUUGAUAUAAUAAAUUGGAAUUUGUCACGUAGAAAUAAAACAAUGUCUUGUGAUAAUGCAAAUUUUAUAUGUCUAAUUUGUACAGAGAUAUUUUAAUUGAAUUAUUUUGGAGUAUUGCCAAUUAAUCGGUAUCACCUUAGCAUUGAAAUUAUAAUUUCUCAGUUGGUGAAUGAAAAUUAUUGCGAUGUGUUACGAAUUCUACGAAAAAUUAAAGAGAUGUGCACAAAUUAUGGAAUGUAAGAGGGAAAAUAAAUUAUUUAGAAGGAUCAGUGAUUAA